AUGGACAGUGGCCACCUGCCUUCUGACCCUCAAAUGGAUCUUAAUCGUCUCCCCUACUACUAUGGCAACGACUCAUUUGCCGAAUUCUCAUAUGAAAAUCAUCAGUAUCGCACACUCGAUUCUGCAGCAGCGGGCGCAGCAGCUCCAGUACAUCCCUAUUAUCGCAACAACUAUUACCUAGACCUCCACGGAUCGGCCAUCUCUGCCGACUCUCCCAAGGCACCCAAGUCUCCGAAAGGCUUCUCGUUGAAAUUCCCACUGCCAACGCAUUCCACCAUGACAGCUUUUUCGGACCACGACGCUAAAGCACACUCGCAAGAGCGCUAUGGCCAGACUAGCCAGGACCUUUCUUUUGCAGAUGCUGAAGUCGCCUUACCUUGGGACAGCAGCUAUUUUAACAAUGCGAUUCCCGACACUACUUCCUUUUGGCCCGGCAACAAGCCACAGGAUCGACCGACCAACUCAAAGGUGGACUGUGACGACGACUGUGCAUCAGCGGUGUCGUGCACAUCCCGCUGUGAUAGAAGUUGCCAAAGCCAAUGCGGAGACACAGGCCAUGGAGUGUGCUGCGAUAAUGACGCAUGCAGUGAAGCGCGUGAAGGCAGUCAAGAUCUCUGCCUCGAUGAGACGUGCGAGGAUGCUGCUACGCCUUGUACAGAUGUGAAAUGCUCAGGGCAUGCUAAGCUGGAUCAUUUCCCCAACGAAGCCAUGUCAGAUGGUGACAAGGAGGCGGCAGUAGCUCUUGCUUCAAUAGGAGACUCUCACCCGGCAUUGAUACAAGGCGGAUUCCAGCCCUUUCACUCAAAUUUUAACUUUGGAUCCAAUUCGCUUCCGCAGGGGAACCUGGGAACAGCCACCGGCGAUGAUAGCCUUGAGCAGUUUUGGGAAUAUCUGCACCAAGAAAACCCUCUCGCAACGCAUAUCCUCCAAUACCACGAUCCUCGGAAUACUGUGGAUCAUGUUCGUCCAUGCAUGGCUGAUCAUCCUGACCUAGCUAUCCCGAAAUGUACUCUUCCUAGAGUUGUCAAUGGCGAUUUCCUAAGCCAUGGCUUUUCACACAAUUCAGAAGACCCUACGUGUGGCUUCGAAGUCAACACGGUCGAUCAAUUCGCCAACCAUUUAUUUGAAGACCACUGGCAAAUGCAUAUGUUGAAUUCGGACCUUUUUGACCUACCCCAGACAACGCAAGUAGAAGACCGGUUUUCUCUGGUUCCAAGCCGCUCGAGCAUCUCGUCUUAUUCCUUUGACACAGCUUCAACAAGUGGACUGCGGCUUUCUCCAUCAGACAUUUCCCUACAAAAUAUAUCUGCGCUCUCGUCAAUUGCCCCUUCUCCGACGUCACGGGCAACCACUCCCCUCGCCCAUCCGGAGGAACCAACUAUUGCAGCAAAAUCAACCGAAACAGCGCUAAUUUCGGCUACAGUUGCAGACACAGAGACUGCUACCGAUUGCAUCUGCCAGUGGAAGAUGGUUGGUGACAAAAUCUGUGGAAUGCGUUUUAAAGAUGCAAACGACUUGCAUACUCACACAAAGAAUGACCAUCUGAAAGAUAUGACGCGACAACGUCCGGGGUUUUGCUGUCAAUGGCAUGGUUGCACCAGGACAAAUGUCUUUGGUCAAAAGAGCAAACUGGAACGCCAUAUUCAAACUCACACAGGAUAUAAACCUGUCAAAUGCUCUGUCUGU